UAUGGGGUGCUUAGAAUUUCGGCGGAAAGUAGCGUCUGCUUGUAAGGCUUGCGGAGCAAGUUGGAAUCAGAGGGAUGUACCCAUGGUCCAAAUAGUGCUUACAGGGACCGAAAAUGGAUAUCAAAGUUUGUGUGAUUUUCCUAAUUCCUCUAGCGGGAUGGAUUGUCACCCCGUCAAACUGUCAAGAUUCGGGCACAAUGGCUCUAUUUCCGGACAUUUUUAAUCUAGCCAACAGUUCGGAAAUCACGGUGAAUGCUACCUGCGGUGAGACUGCCCCAGAAGUGUUUUGUAAAUUGGUGCAGCAUGUGAAGAUCUUUCCAUCGUCCAGUCAGCACUGUGACAUCUGUGAUGCGUCCAGUGCCAUCGCCUCUAAGCGACAUCCCAUCACCAACGCCAUCAACGGCCGCAGAUCCUGGUGGCAGAGUCCGUCUGUUAAAAACGGAUGGGAGUACAACUAUGUUACAAUCACCCUCGAUCUCAAGCAGGUUUACCAUGUGGCUUAUAUAAUAGUGAAGGCAGCUAACUCUCCUCGGCCUGGAAACUGGAUCCUGGAGAAGUCCAUAGACGGGAUAAACUUCACACCCUGGCAGUACUUCGCUCGAUCCAAUAAGGAAUGUUACAGGGCAUAUGGUAUCCCCGCCACACGGGGACGUCCCAAAUAUGAGAGGGACAACCAGGUCAUAUGUACUUCGUUCUACUCCAAACUGGUCCCACUGGAAAAUGGAGAGGUGAUCAUUUCACUUGUAAAUGGCAGACCAGGGGUGGAGAAUCCGAGCCAAACACUGCUGGAUUUCCUGUCAGCUAGAUAUGUGCGGAUACGCCUGCAGAAAAUUCUUACCUUGAAUGCUGAUCUGAUGACCUUCAGGUUUCGUGACCCUAAAUACCUGGACCCCUCUGUGACAAGGCGGUAUUUCUAUUCUAUCAAAGACAUUUCCAUUAGUGGCCAAUGUAUAUGUUAUGGACAUGCCUCAAGAUGUCUCACCAUCAGACGCACAGAUAGACUUAGGUGUGAGUGUAGACACAACACCUGUGGUAAUAACUGUGAGAGAUGCUGUCCCAGAUUUAACCAGAAACCAUGGAGGAGAGGAGUUAACGGAAACGCAUUCGCCUGUGAAGCUUGUAACUGCCAUCGUCAUGCUGACGAGUGUGUGUAUAAUUCAACUGUGGCAGAACAGGGUCUUAGCAUGAAUAUACGUGGGGAAUUUGAUGGUGGAGGAGUGUGUCUCAACUGUCAGGACUUUACAACGGGAGUAAACUGUGAGAGGUGUCAGGACGGGUACUACCGCCCAGCAGGUGUCCCACCUACAAGUCCCCGCCCAUGUCGUCGCUGUAACUGUCGCGAAUCCCGAGGCUCCACCAGUCGCUGUGUAGCAGAUGACUCAAGAAUCAACGAGGGCCUGAUCCCAGGUCAUUGUGUGUGUAAGCCUGGCUUUGGAGGUCGUAGCUGUGACAAGUGUGCACCUGGUUACCAUGGUUACCCUAACUGUGAACCAUGUCCCUGUAAUAUUGCAGGGACAGUGGACGCUACUCAGUGUGACGGAUCCUGUGUCUGUAAGAGUAAAGUGGAGGCUCGUAACUGUGAUCGCUGUAAGCCUGGCUACUUUAACCUCCAGCAAUCUAACCCUGAUGGCUGUAUGGAAUGUUUCUGUUUUGGGGUCAGUUUCUCCUGUUCCUGUUCUGGCCUUGGUCUACAGGAGAUUUGUGACAUGAGGGACGGAAUGAAAGGUUGGACCAUCACAACAUUAGAUCGGUCUAAGGGCUUUACUCUUUUCUCUAAAACGAACGAUGAAGGAUGGUUAGAGUAUCGCUCCUACCCCUCCCGUAGUCAAAACUCUAUUGAAUCCAGGGACGGCUCGCUUAUCUACUAUUGGCAAGCUCCAGUUAGCUACCUUGGUAACAGGCUGAGCUCAUAUGGAGGAAUGUUAUCUUAUACUACAAUGUACACACUGGAUCACAUGGCACGGGAAUCACACCAUCUAUAUGAUAUAGACGUCAUCAUUCAGAGUGGUAACAUCACGAUCAGUCCGGGGCGGAACUACCUGCGUGAAAACAAUGAGAAGAUGGUGCGUCUCCCUCUGGUGGAGAAGGACUGGUAUUUAUUUACAGACACAGGGUUGUACUCGACAUCUAUGAUCCCGAUCACAAGACGUCAGUUCAUGGAGAUCCUACAUCAAGUAGAUCGUAUCCUGAUCAGGGCCACCUACCACACUGCCCAGGACACUGUCUUUCUAAAGAACGUGAUUUUAGAGAGUGUGAGUGACACAUCACAGAGCCCGUUGUCCCUCCCCAGUGUAGAGAUGUGUAAUUGCCCCCCUGGCUAUGCGGGACUCUCCUGUGAGAGGUGUGCCCCCGGGUACAGAAGAUUGAACGGCCAGCUGUAUGGAGGAAUCUGUGAGGGGUGUAACUGUAACGGCCAUGCUGAUACAUGUGACCUGGUUACUGGCAGGUGCUCGGAAUGUCAGCAUUUCACAACUGGCAACAACUGUAACCAAUGUUUACCUGGUUACUAUGGCGACCCACGGCAGGGUACAGAGACAGACUGUAAACCCUGUGCAUGUCCCCUCCCAGAUAGAUCCAACAACUUCGCCACUUCCUGUCGCCUGGAACCUAUCCCCGGUAACUACAACAACUAUGUCUGUGAAGGCUGUCGGACGGGACACACAGGGCCUCACUGUGAAAGGUGCGCUCCAGGUUUCUAUGGCGACCCCACACAGCCGGGUGGCUACUGUCAGCCUUGUAGUUGUAAUGGUAAUAUAGAUACAUCCAACUAUGGUAGUUGUGACCCCAACACAGGGGCAUGUCUUCGUUGUCGUGACAACACAGAAGGGGAGAGGUGUGAACGGUGUCGACCUGGAUACUUCGGGACAGCAAGGAAUGGUGACUGUCAAGCGUGUAACUGUGACCAGGGUGGAUCGCUGACCACAGAGUGUGACCAAAGGACUGGUCAGUGUGAGUGUCGGUCUAAGUUUGGAGGACGUCGCUGUGACCAAUGUCAGGAUCACUUCUAUGGCCUGCCUCGUGGACAGGGUUGUUCCCCCUGUGAAUGUGACCCUGUGGGUGCGCUGUACCGUCAGUGUGACCGGACCACGGGUCAGUGUGUAUGCCGUCCUGGCGUCGGGGGAAGGACCUGUGACGCAUGUAACCCAGACUAUUUUGGAUUUUCCAUCUAUGGCUGUAGAAGAUGUGACCCCUGCAACAAACCAGGCCAUAUCUGUGACCCCAAGACGGGUAACUGUGUUUGCCCCCCAUUUACCACUGGACCACGAUGUGGACGCUGUCGUCCCAGAACUUGGGGAUAUCAUCCUACGGAGGGCUGCAAGCCGUGUGGGUGUAAUCGAGUGUCCUCCAAGUCGGUGCAGUGUAACCGCCUUACGGGCAAGUGUAACUGUAGAAGAAAUUACACCGGAGACCAGUGUGAACGCUGUCUAUAUGGUUACCAUGGAUUCCCUAACUGUGUAGCUUGUCAGUGUGACGACCGUGGAACCAACACCAGCAGUUGUGCGAGUCCUAGAAAGUGUGAUUGUGAUGACAGUGGCCAGUGUGUGUGUAAGAAAAACGUGGGGGGCGAGGCUUGUGACAACUGUAAGCCAGAUACCUUCAGUCUGGACAAAGAGAAUCCGAGCGGCUGUACCAAGUGUUUCUGUUUUGAGCGAUCGUCCACCUGUACUCAGUCUCCCUAUGUUUGGGACCAGAUGAGAAUUCCAGAUAUGAGGAUGACCUUUGACCCAAGAGUAUCCAGAGUUGUGACCCGACAGUUCAAAUACUACAAUGUGAUACCAGAGGGCACUGCCUACACAUCUAUCCCAGGGUACCUUAGAGCUGGGCCGCUGUAUUGGAAACUUCCAUUAACAGCUGGGGACAUGACGUUGUCCUAUAAUGGUGAAUUGCGGUUCAAUGUGAUGUAUCGUACUGAGGACAAUCCUGGGCCCAUCAGUCAGACACAGAAGCAUCCCUAUGUGGUGAUUAUAGGAAACACUUUCCAUAUGAUGUACAAUGGUUCAGGUACCUGGAUACCAGGUUCGACAAGAAGCUCUGUUCUUCAACUACAUGAGAAUGAGUGGGAAGUACGAGGCUUCAAUAAAGUGGCGACAAGAAAGAUGAUGAUGAUUGUUCUCCAGAAUGUUACAGCCGUCUUAGUUCGGGCCUCUUACGACAAAAAUACCGUUUAUACAGAAAUAACAGACAUAGGGCUACAAGUGGCUAGACCUCCUGUACCUGGUCGUAACCUGGAACCGGCCCUGGGGGUGGAGAUCUGUGAAUGUUCAGACAAAUAUGACGGACUCUCCUGUCAGCUUCCCGCUCCAGGAUUUUACAAGUUCCGAUAUAACCUGACAAUAGAGAUAUCGGACCCCAUCCUAAUUAUCGGAGGGGUGGAGGAAUGUUUCUGUAACGGCCAUAGUAACAUGUGUAAUAUCUUCUCCGGCCAAUGUCAGAACUGUACAGGUAACACAUACGGACAUAACUGUGAGUUAUGUGCCCCUGGAUAUUUUGGCGAUGCAACCAGAGGGACGAAUGCUGACUGUAGACCAUGUUUAUGCCCCAGUAUCACCAACAGUUUCAGUCCGACCUGUGAGAUUCGUGACGGGACUUUGGUAUGUACCAACUGUUCAGUUGGAUACACUGGAACUCGCUGUCAAAGUUGUGCAGAUGGUUUCUACGGUAACCCCACAGAUGUGGGUGGAGCCUGUGUACCAUGUGACUGUAAUAAGGAAGGCUCAGUGUCUGGUCGCUGUGACAAUAAUGGGCGCUGUUUGUGUCUACCAGGAAUCAUGGGUGAAAAAUGUGACUCCUGUCAGCCUAGAUAUGCUGUAGUGGAUGGUUCUUGUGUUUCAUGUGAUGUCGGGUGUACGGCUGACUUAAUGGCGGAGAUGGACAAGCUUGACAACAUCACUUUGACUGUCAACAUCACUGGAAUCUUCCCCGUCCCAUGGGACAGACUGUGGAGGAUCAACAAUGAUACUAGACAGCUUCGGGAAGAAUGGGAUGCAGUGCAAAUGGCAGAGAUUCGUGAUUUAGAAAAUCAACUGACUCCUCUGGAAACUAAGGCGGAGGAAUUGGAAAGAAGGUCUGUCAAAGUGAUGGCUGACGGGGAGUUGGCAGUGACGGAGGCAGAAAAAUUUGAUGACAAUGCCGACAAUAUUGAGGAAGAAAUUGAUGAGCUCUUUAACAAAAUCAGAAAUAUCGUAGCCAACAUUGACGUUUCCAUAGAGCGGCAUCCUAACUCCAGUGGUAUCAACAUUACCGAGGCCCUAGCUGAGGCUAAGAUGAUCCUGAAAGAGAUAGAGGGAAGGGAUUUCACCAACAAGGAGACAGAAAUUGCCAUGGGUGCUAUGAAGGUGGAAGGUCUGCUGUAUAAACUUAAGAAUAUGAAAGCCAAACUUGUAAAUACUUCUUCGGUGAAGACUGAGCUGGACGAUGUGCGGAGGAGGAUCGAGGACCUCCGACAGAAGGCUAACAAUACAGAGAUGAUAGUGAACGAUGUAACCAGUAAAAACCUUGGAAUCACUUUAAAGAACAAAAGAUUGGAGAAUUUGAUGUAUGAUAUAGACGGUGCCCAGGACAAAGUGGUCAAUAGUUUGGUCAGCGGCUAUCAAACCAUCAAGGAUGCCCGUACUCUCCUCAGACGGACCCGUCUCAAUAGAGAUAACAUAGCCAGCGAGGCGAGCUCCCUGGAUUAUAUCCUACCAGAGCUGAAGAGAGUCGAUGACGACCUGGGAAACGCAAUCCCUGUGGCUGAGAACCACACCCAGGUGGCAUUGGACCAUGCCAAGAAACUUAGUCAACAGGCUGACGUCCUGGAAAAGAUGUUUGAGAAGGCGAGAGCUGAUGCAGAACUUCCUCUAAAGGCAGCUAAUGUUUACAAGAACAUCAUCCAGGCAAUAGAGGAGGCAGAAGAGGCAGCAUUGAGAGCGCUGGCUGCUGCUGACAACUCUACAGACCUGGUUGACCUUGACAGAAUCAAGGACACUGUUGGAAGGUCACUCAAUAGAAGCCGAGAUCUACUGAAGAGGGCGGACAAGACUAAAACUGAUGUUGCAGACCUGACCGAGGACUUGAAGGCCAUGGAGAAUACACUGGACAAUAUAAACAACACUCAGGCGAGAACUCGGGACAAUUUACACGUAACUAACCAGGAGAUGAACAAACUAUCUAAAGAUGUAAGUGACAGAGCCAGGGCAGUGAUGGCUGAUAUGAAUGAUACAGAGGCUGAGAUGAAAGUCACCAAGGCCAAGGUCAAGCGUAUCCAUGACAACAUCAACAAUGACCUUCUCCCCAAACUGAAAUCAAUGCAGGACUUUAAUAUAGACAAGAUAGCUGUUGAUGUUCAAACUGCAGCUGACAAUGUGACUGCUAACAUACGCAGUAUCCAGGCCAUUAUAGAUGAUGUAGAAGCUGCCUCAAAUAAAACAAAGGAAGAGGAGACAAGGCUGGAGGCCAAGCUUAAAAAACUCCGGGACAGCAUCAAACAAGCCCGAGCUCAGGCGGAGAAGGUGAAGGUGUCCCUGUCAACAUCAGGCAGCUGUUCGCGGUCGUUCGUUCCCCAGACACAACCACGUACCACCAACAGCAUCGAUUUCAUUUUUAAAACCAACAACUCGGCUACAGACAUGUUGAUAGUCCUGGUACAGAAAAGUCCCCAGGAAUAUAUGGCUCUGGACAUGAUUGGGGGCAAGAUGCACUUCUCCUGGGACUCGGGCAGUGGACCAGGCUCAGUCACCAAUGAUAUGGUCAUCAGGGAUGAGGCGAACUUCAUUACUGAGAACAAGAAGUGGUACCAUGUUAGUGCUGAAAGAAUUGGACGUGUGGGGACUCUGGAGGUGUUUAAGAUGGACAACCCUGGAGGUGUUGUAUCAGCCAAGGGAUCCUCCCCCAUAGGGAGCACCAUCCUCCAACUGGACCCCUCGGCUGACCUGUACGUGGGUGGUGUGCCGAAAUCCUACAAUAUGGCCCAAGAAGUAGCUCGAGGCAACAUGUCUGGUUGUAUGGGAGAGUUGUUCAUUGAUGAUGUACGUGUUGGACUUCACAACUUUAAACAGUCGUAUGGAACAUGCGGUGGCUGUAGGGAUGUUCCGUCCCCUGGCAGUCUAGCUACAGACACCUUCAGCUUUGAUGGGACCGGUUACUCCUCCCUCAAGCAGGAUGACAAGUACAUCAGUACCCGAACUUUCAUCAAGUUUGAGUUCAAAACUUUCUGGGAAAACACCACCCUGUUGUUUUCAGGGAACCCUGUUUCUGGAGAUUUUAUAUAUUUGAGCCUGCUAAACGGACAUGUAAUGGCUCAUAUAUACAUGGGCGGUCAGAGCCACAUACGCCUGGAGACCAACAACUUGUACAAUAACAAUCAAUGGCAUAAAGUCCUCCUCAACCGGAACAAACUCCAGGCCUUCCUGUCGGUUGGGGAUUCGGAGGAGGAUAUUGCUGAUGCUGCCCCCGGUAACACCGGACUUGAACUCAAGUUUGUGCCCUUGUUCUUCGGUGGUGUGCCUGAGAGUUUUGAUCUGGCACCAUUUCAAAAAAGGGGUGUCCUCAGCAGCAUGCCAUUCCUAGGCUGUAUGCAGGAAAUACAGGUGGACCUGAAGACGAGGGACCUACUCCAAGGCAACUCUGUUGGAGUUAAACAGGGCUGUCCUAUUUCUGGUUACCGUAAAGUUGGGUUCUAUGGCAAUGGUUUUGCAAUGUAUGAUGGGAGUCCACUGGCAAAAGAUGCUGGUGAGGUGUCACUGUCCUUCACCUCAACACAGAAGGACACAAUGCUACUCCUUGCCAAGGACACUGACCAGGAGCCUGAUAUGGAGCCCAAGAAUUUCUACUCGCUGGCAUUGGUGGACGGCCGUAUAGAGGGCAGGUUUAGUGGCACUUUUCUACCUGUGACUCUAACCUCCAACAAGAGGUUCAACGACGGUCGUCUACAUAAUGUUGCUGUUCGCAAAUUCAAAAGGGAAAUAGAACUCUAUGUUGAUGAUGUAUUGGUGGGGACGGGUAACUUACCCUUGGCUACCCAAGAGAUCAUAGUUGAGAAGCUGUACCUGGGCGGCGCUCCUAAUCUCUCGGACCGACAGGUGAUGGUUGCCAAUAUCAAUGGCCUCAACGGCUGCAUCAGUGACAUCAUCAUCGAUGGAAAUAUUUUAAGUUUGAACAAUCCUGAACAGUACGAGCAUGCUGAUAUUGGUCGGUGUAGAGCCAACCUCAAUCCUACAGUGGUUACCCUGGCGCCCACCCCAAGACCUACUCCCGCACCCACUCCAGCUCCUACACCUAAGCCUACCACUGAAAGACCUACCACCACACCUGAGCCUACUACACCACAACCAACCACUCCUACAACUGAACCAGCGUCCUGUGCUGUCCCAUCUGAUGAAACAACAGAAUUCCUUUCCCUGGCAUUCGGAGAAUCACCAGAAAGCUUCGGAGAAAUUGCACUGGACAAGAAGAGUGUCUCAUCUGUAUUUAAUGUGUCCAUUGAGUUCAAAACAUUCCUACCUUCCGGGUCAUUCUUCUACAUCACCAACCCGGAGAAGAUAGCCUACUUAGCUGUACAGAUCAUUGAUGGCCAUGUGUCCCUCCUGUACCGAUACAACGGUGACAGUUUUACUCUCAAUGACAACAAACAAGUCAGUGAUGGACAGUGGCAUCGUCUGGUGGUCAAUAAGGGCACCAAGCUCAUCAAGCUAAGAGUAGACGAUGGUCGGGAAAAUAGGGGCCGAGUCCAGAAGAGGAUGGAACUGGAGGGUCCAAUGUAUGUCGGCGGGGGCUUUCCUACAGUAGCCACACCCCCAGGAUUUGUUGACCAUAGCUUGAGAGGUUGUAUAAGAAACUACAUGAUAAACGGUAAAUUGAUCCUAAUUGCUGAUGCUGACAUCGUCAGCGGCAUCAGAAACUGCUAUCAAACCAUGGAGCCCGGUGUGUACUUUACGGGAGGAGCCUAUGGGGUUCUGGAUCGUGAAUAUGACAUUGGAUCUGAGAUGGUGGUCGGUUUUGCAUUCAGGACACACAAGCCGGAUGGUGUGAUACUGACCAUUAGUGAGCCAUCAGGGUCCCCAGCAUUAACACUGGAACUUCAUCAAGGACAGAUUAAAAUGACUGUAAACAACGAGGACAAGUACUCGGCAACAACAUCAGAAAAUCAGUUCUCUCUUUGUGACAACAAAUGGCACACUGUUGAGGCCAGUGUCGUCGGCAAUGUCAUCAAACUUAACGUUGAUGGGAAGUCUCAGUUUGGUGUCAGUUCCAGAGGAGAUACAUUCAUGACGACCUCCUCACCCCUAAUAGUAGGAGGUGUACCAGUGUUUGCGACAGUGCAGGGCGCUGCCUCUACCAAUGAAGACUUUGAAGGAUGUUUGCGUGACUUUAGGUUUGGACGAUUAGAAGGAGAUACAUCCCCUAUAGACUGGUUCUCGAUACCUAUAGACAGUAACAUCUACAAGACUGGUUGUCCUGUAUGAUAGUAAAGUGAUCUAGUGUGUGUAUUCUGUUUGUAUUCCCGGUUACUACAACAUUUUUGUCAAGAAAGGCCGUGAGGUAGAUCUGAUGUUAGUCUAGUAUAAGAUACUGAAGAAAGGAAACAGUUCACAAGGUCGUUCUGAACUGAUAAAGGAGACAAACGAGUCUAGAGUACUGAGCACCAUUGCCUCAGUCUGCAACUCAUCUUCAUCUUAACACACCAUGUUAUAUUAAAUAGCACUGCUGUGUGGCUGGAAAUCUCAUUGGCUAUCCUUAUAUAUUGAUGUAGAUUGUCCAAAUAUUUUAUUGAAAAUUACAUGUACUUUAAUUUGUUGAAGAAAAAUACACUGCUCUUCAUAAAUUACCCAAAUCUGUCGAUGUAGAUUACCCUAAUCUGUUGAUGUAGAUAACCCUAAUCUAUUGAUGAAGAUUACUCUAAGCUGUUGAUGAAGAUUACUGUAAGCUGUUGAUGUAGAUUAUCCUAAUAUUUUGAUGUAGAUUACCUCAAAUCUGCUGAUGUAGAUAACCUUAAUCUGCUGAUGAAGAUUACUCUAAGCUGUUGAUGAAGAUUACUGUAAGCUGUUGAUGUAGAUUAUCCUAAUAUUUUGAUGUAGAUUACCAAAAUCUGCUGAUGUAGAUUACCUUUAUCUUUAGAUGUAGAUUACCCUAAUCUGUUGAUAUAGAUUACCUCUAAUCUGUUGAUGUAGAUUACCAUAAUCUGCUGAUGUAGAUUAACCUAAUCUGCUGAUGUAGAUAAUCCUAUUCUGCUGAUGUAGAUUACCCUAAUCUGCUGAUGUAGGUUACCCUAAUCUGUUGAUGUAGAUUACCCUAAUCUGUUGAUCCAGAUUACCUGGUAUCCUAAUAUGUUGAUGUACUGUAAUUAUCUUAAUCUGUUGAUGUCAAUUACCUUAAUCUACAUGUGUGUAGAAAGAAUCACAAUAUGAUACAAAUGAAGAUGGCAGGUAUAUGAUAUGUACAUAUGUUAUACGUGAUGUGUCUGUGUAGUAUUGUACUUACUCCAUAGACACGUGUAUAGAAAGUUUGAUUGACAUUGGCCAGUAAUGCUUUGUAUUACCUCAGGUAAAAUUACCACACCUGUGCUAUCCCCCCAGGUAGACGUAGUUACAAUUGUCUGAUCACAGACUACUUACAUCUGUGUUCAGAAGCUACAUUGUUCAAAUCUAAUAUCAAGAAAAAGAAAUAUUUUAUCAACUCAUAUCUAAAGAAAUAUAUUGUCAACUCGUAUCUAAAGAAAUAUAUUAUCAACUCGUAUUUUUCAGAUGCUUCACAUUCUAACUCAAACAUUGCAUGAACAUGAUAUAUGUGUAUACUGUCUAUGUUCAAUUUCAAAAAAAUGGAAUUUUACAUAAAGGUCCUGAUUACAGUAAAGGAUUAAUUCACCUGUGAAAUCAUCUUCUGACCUGCUGGUUUUCAUUUUAAUAAACUGCACUGAACAUUUUUGUAGAUCACUUGGCCAGAUCACUUGAUUUUACCAUAAUGUUGUUAUGUUCUAUGAUUUUCUUCAUACCAAGUACUUUGUCGGGUAACUAGUAGGGUAUUUACGGUACUUCCAUCCUUGUCCACAUACCAAAUACUAGGCCAGGUAAACUAGGUAUUUACGGUACUUCCAUCCUUAUCCACAUACCAAAUACUAGGCCAGGUAAACUAGGUAUUUACGGUACUUCAAUCCUGAUCCACAUACCAAAUACUAGGCCAGGUAAACUAGGUAUUUACGGUACUUCAAUCCUGAUCCACAUACCAAAUACUAGGCCAGGUAAACUAGGUAUUUACGGUACUUCCAUCCUUAUAAUCCACAUACCAAAUACUAGGCUAGGUAAACUAGGUAUUUACGGUAGUGUUUCAUGAUAACCUCAAUACUAAAUACUUGAAGUAACUAGCUAAUAGGGUAUACAGUUCAUGUAUAAGUAAUAUUCCCAUGCUUACCCAGGUAAUGUCAGUAGAGUAUUUAAGUUAUCAUGUUGUAUUCCAUACUUAGCCUCAUCUGACAUGACUUGGCCCUGAUGAAAUAUAACCACAAGUCAACUACCCCAAAUCUCAUCAAUAAUUUACAGGUAGAUGAUCAGGUGUGGGUAGCUAGACAGGGUGGAUGCAGAUUAAUUAAUUAGGAUAUGCUUGUCUAACAUGUGUGAGUGGGUGGUUGCAUGCAAGCCGAUCAUGCACUCAUGCCUGUUAAGAGUUAAAGCGCCUCUCUCCUAGCUAACGGUCAGUAAAUCUACGUAUUGUUACACGCAGUAGGAGAUGAUGGUCACUAAUACCAGAGAAAUGAAAGGAUAUUAAAUAUAAUGCUGUUCUUAUAAGUCAAUAGGUGGUCGUACUUAAUCGGAGUAAAUAGUGACGAGAUGGUACGGCACUGUGAUAUUAACCACUAGCUGUUGUCACAUUCUAUAAAAGGAACUG